UGGCGGGCAAAAACGAUGAGUUGAGCCAAGGCAUUAUAUUAGAGAAAACUUCUGUAAAAUCCACCAUGGCGGGAAUAAUGUCAUACGAACAAGCUAACGAACUCGUUUCUCUCCCGAAAGAAGAAUACAAUCCUCCAUCUUUGCCGUUCAGUUUACCAAAAUUUGAUGCUAAAGUAGAACUUGGAAGCGACGAGAUGAGAGACCAUUUCUACAUCGACUUUAAAAACUGGAUUUUCAUGAACCAUGGAGGAUUCGGAGGCACCUUAAAAGCUGCAGUAGAAACUGUACACCAAAUCCAAAUCCACGUCGAGAAACAACCUCUCCGUUUCAUCGAUAGAGAGCUAUUGCCUCGUAUGGUUUUUGCUAUUAGAAAACUCGCGGGAUUUGUCUCGUGUGACCCGCGGGAUCUUGUCUUAGUGUCCAAUGCAACAGAAGGUCUCAAUACCGUGAUAAGAUCUCUAAGGCUUGGCAAAGGUGACAAGGUGUAUUAUCUUAAUUUGAGAUAUUAUGCUGUUAAUAAGUUGUUCGCUCAUUUGAAGCAAGAGGAUGGAAUAGAAAUCAAAGAAAUUCCACUUAGCUUUCCAUUUACGAAAGAAGAGCUCUUAAAUACUAUCACCAAGACCCUUGAUGCAGACACUAAGCUGGCAGUUUUUGAUCACAUCCCUUCCGUCCAUCCAAUCAUUCUUCCUGUUAAAGAAAUCAUUGAAAUAUGUCAUCAGAAGGGUGUUCAAGUAUUGAUUGAUGGAGCGCAUGCUCUAGGUGCAAUCCCACUCAAUCUAACAACUUUAAAUGCUGAUUAUUAUGUCAUUAAUUGUCACAAGUGGCUCUGCAAUGCUAAGGGCUGUGGAGCUCUAUAUGUUGACAAGAAACACCAGUCAUCUAUCAGAUGUCUAACAGUGUCUGGCGGGUUUGGCCGAGGGUUUACACCGGAAUUUGUAUUCAGAGGUUUGAAAGAUUACAGCCCUUUUCUUGCUCUUCACACAGUAUUGGAAUUCUGGAACACCUUAGGAGUUGAUAGAAUUCAGGAUCACAAUAGAAACCUCGCUCACAAAGCUGCCAAAAUGCUGUCAGGGGAUUGGAAGACAGACACACUCUUUCCCUUACAUACGUAUGGUCCAAUGGUUCUGGUACGUCUUCCAGACAUCCUUUGGCGAUCUCAAAUGACUGACGCACAGAAUAUUGUCAGCAAAGCCAAUGCUGAAUUGGUUCAAGAUAGACUACAUUACAAUUAUGGGAUAGAAGUACCUAUUAAGCCAAUCAAUGGAGGACUUUACGCUCGGAUCAGUGCGCAUGUGUAUAAUAAGAUUGAGGAUUACGAUGCUUUGAGGAACGCUGUUCGUGCUUUAGCAGAGCAGUGUUCUUUGCCAAACUUGUAAUAAGCUUUUUUGUAAAAAGGAAAAAUAACAAAAAAUUGCCAUUUUUAGGGACUGUGCAAUAGCACUAGCACUAGCACUAGCACUAGCACUAGCACUAGCACUAGCAACCUCACUUGCAGCAUUUAAGAAUGCAGUUGCAGAUAUUUAUUAACUUGUUGGACAAUUACUAUUUAUUAUUAUUUAUUCUAUUUAUUAAUAUGUUAAUUAUACAGCUUCUCAUUA